UCAAGUCAGUCAACCACCACAACCUCGAUCGAUAACCUGUUUCGGCUCUCCCGGCGGCGGCUUCCCGCGAUUUUAUGUCGACCUAAGCGUCCUGAGAUGGUUACGGCUGGCGGCGGCGGCGGUUCGAGCAGUCCGCUCACGUUUUCAACUCACGCGCGGACGUCUUCAUAGUCGCGACACAUUCUCGAUACCUACCGCAUUUCUAUCUGCUGGCUUGAAGCCCAAGCAUUUGGCCCAUCAUGGCGCAAACGCAGCCUCAGCAGUUUGCUCAGUCAAUGUCUCCUCCUGUAUCCUCACCUUCACCUAGCGCACCGUCCCCGGUCAAUGGAGGCGGGAUCCCUCCACCGUCUAAGCGACAGCGCCUUUCUCCUCUUCCGCAAUCCCAAUCCCCCUACGCAUCUCCCAGCUUUGGGACUUUGCAGCUACCGUCAAAUCAACCAACUCCAACUCCCAUGAAUGGAAUCAACAUGAGUGGGAUGCCUCAAACACCCGCCCCGCCACCACCUCCGGGCACAAUGGGACCACCAUCUCGGCCGGUGGAAAAGGCGACAGAUGCUGCUGAGUUAACAGAUGUUCUGGCGUCGUCCGGAAUUGAUGUCAGAGAAGAAGAGGCCUUUCUCACGAGUAGUUACUCGGCUCCAGGUGUUCAAGCGCAACAGCCCUUAAGAGUACAACUACCACCGCCACCGCAACAGCAACCUCAACUAGCCCUCAAUACCUCAUUCGCCUCCCAAGCCUCUACUACCGGGACAAUUUCCACCACCCCCAGUUUCAGCGAACCGUCCCAGUUCAAGCCGCAAACCACACAAGACUCUUUCUACACCGAACCGGCGUCGCAACCACCUGCGCCGUUCAAAGACCCCAAUGAGCCGACACGGGAAGACACCGAAGCAGCCAGACGCGCACAAUACCAUCUACAAGAGCCUUUCUUACUGACAAAGGUACUGGAGCAAAGGCUACAGAGACGCGGCUUUGAACUUGGUGUUCGCAUACCGGCGGAGGGCUUAUUUCACCCCGUGCCAGGUCGUCCUCAGCCUAUUGAGGUUACUGGACCGGAUGGCUCGUCUAUCGUGCGUACGGGGAAGACUAUCCUAAACCAAGAGGGGGCCCCUUUGGUCGAUAUAUUGAAUUUAAUGUCGAUUGCUUGCGAGGAACGGUUGCGCACAGUGGUCGACUAUUCCUCGACACUCGCGAGAAGCAGGCGAGCCCAUUCUCAUGGAAAGAUUCCUAUCGAAUGGAAGGACCUGGCAGAAUCAUCUGGCUCAGUGAACGGUGGUGUGGACAACCCUCAGACACCACUCAAACGUAAGCAUCAAAUUCAGAUCAGAAAAAGCCCGAGCAUCGACAAGAAAGGUCUGUCGAAGAAGGAAGCAAGGAAACUGAUGGAUGCAAAGGCCAGCGAGGCUCAGCAACAUCAGCAAUCUGUGGAGACUGCCCGAUUAGCCACGAAUAGCAUGCUGUCUGGCCGUAUGUUCGGAGCCAAAAAAUCAUACUCAUGGCUGAAUCGAGGCUCGGCUACUCCCAGUGGCUUCGCCACUCCGUCACGAGUCAAUACCGCACCUCUCACCACUGGCGCGGAGAAGACUGGCCGCACUGGAGAGCCAGCUCCUGUCCCUACUAAACACUUUGGGACCUGGCGGGAAGACAAAGCGAAGGGUGCUGGAAUUCAAGUCCGCGAUAUCUUGUUCAUGCUCGAAAUGGAUGGAAGAGGCUCCCGGCAUGUGCAGAAAGCGUAUUCCAAGGAUAUCAAAGAAGACCGGGCGGACUAGUUCGUUUAGCUCCUCUCAUAUCCAGUUGUCUGUCACCGAGAUAAGUGGCAGAGGUUGUUAUUAAUCUAUGUUUCGAGCUCCGCGCAGUUACUACGCAGGUUCGUCGUUCUUGGCGUUGCGGUUCACCUUCCAUUCAAAUGGCAUGUUCUCCUGCUCUUCGAGGCAUAGGUUUUGUGUCUUUAUGUAUGCAUUUUCAUGAGGCGAUACAGGGGCACUGCAUUCUACUCUGUUGUUAUUCAGAUCACAUAAAAUGAUUCGAUCACCUUGGAAUGCAGAAUCGUUAUUAUCGAACUACCUGGCUUAUACCCUCUCAUGUAGAAUAAAGCAAAUUGUUACGAAAUUUCCGCAACGG